UUUCUCCAGGAAAAUGGUCUCAUCAACCCAAUUUCAUCACCAGAUUUCUCUGUUCUAUGCAUUUCUUUUCUGGUUUUGAUUUUGUAGGCAAUACACACUGGAAGCAGCAUCAAAUACUUCAGGCAAAGUAUUUCAUUGUUUGAAGGCAGAUCGCUUAAAAAGAAGUCACCACACACAUUCCACUCUGGGACCCACAGCUGGGAAGUAAUCAGGAUUGUCUCCCACAUGCCAACCCAGGAUAACAGUGACCCAGGGAGUGAUGUUAAACUGGGGAAGAAGAGUUUGGCCCAGAAGCUGCCACUUUCAACUUCAGCGGGUGACCAUAUUCGCCGACAUAGGACCACUUUUAGCCAGGAGCAACUGGCAAUUCUAGAGCAGCAAUACUCCAAAGAAAGCUACUUAUCCAGGGCCAGGAGGUAUGAAUUGGCCAAUGCUCUGAAUCUACCUGAAAGCACCAUCAAGGUGUGGUUCCAGAACCGACGGAUGAAAGAUAAAAGGAAGAGAUACUGUCUGCCUUGGCUUCCUCCUCUAGACCCUAUCUUAAACAGGUCCAUGAGCCAGACCUCCUGUAUAUCUUACCCUCUACCGUCUCAGCUCUCUACUUCCAAGUACUUAGGCACCUUCCUAACAUUUCUGAGGCCUAUGGAUAACCUAUCAUUUCUCCCUCCACCUUUCCUGGUACCAAAUUUCCUUCCCACUCUCCAAUAUCCCUCUCUCUAUCAGUCCCCAGGAGUUUGCCCCACCACCUGUCAUUACACUGAGAGUAAAGAUCUUGGAAAAAAGCAAGACAGCAACUCAGCCCUUUAUGAAUCCAAAUGAAUCUCAACUCUAGCUUGCUGUCCUUAAAAUAGGGUUAGAGGCUUCCUGUAGAAGUGGUUUCCACGCACUGAUAUAUUAUUAGAAUUAUUUUAAACAGGAGCUAGUACGGACUCAGGGCAGCAAAAUGACUUUGAAUUAGUCAGCAACCAGCUGUAUUAAAAAUAUGAAAGGUUUUAGGUAUAUUCUGUAGUGGAAUGUUUUUCCUUGAAACUCAGACACAUUUGUCUCGCAACAAGGCUAAACAGAGGUAACACCAACUGAUUCAAAAAUCAGAUUGAUGGCAUAGACCAAAUUCAUCCUUGGUGCAACAUUGCUGAGGUCAGUGAAAUUAUAGCACCACAGACAAAUUCAGCUCUAUCAGACUUAACUCUAACAUAAAACUAGGUAAUAUAAAAAAAAAAACCAACAACCCCCCCCCCCCCCC